AUGGGGAGAGGGAGAGAUGAGUUGAAGCGAAUAGAAAACAAAAUCAACAGGCAAGUUACAUUUGCAAAGAGAAGAAAUGGGUUGCUUAAGAAAGGCUAUGAGCUCUCAGUUCUCUGUGAUGCUGAGGUUGCUCUCAUCGUUUUUUCGAACCGUGGCAAGCUCUAUGAGUUUUGCAGCAGCUCUAGCAUGAUGAAAACACUUGAAAAAUACCAGAGGUGCAGUUAUGGUACCCUGGACACCAGCCGAUCAAUCAGUGAGACACAGGUAGCUUUGAAACAGAGCAGCUAUCAGGAAUAUUUGAAGCUGAAAGCAAGAGUUGAGGUCCUACAGCGAUCUCAGAGAAACCUUCUUGGUGAAGACUUGGAAGACUCAAAGCUUAAUAGUGAGAAAGAGCUGGAUUGCCAUAAUCUAGAAGUCGAAAAGCCACAAUCUGAUAAAUCUAAGGUGUUGUGUGAGGAAUCUAAUCAUUCUCAAAAUGAGGUAGUUGCUGCUUCUCUAUAUGGAGAGGGAUAA